AUGGCCCCACGCACCCGUGCUGGGACUGCACCCUCUGGGGGAGCCUCCACGUCGUCCCCUAGAGCGCGUACACCUCUACCCCGGCAGGAAUCUGAGAUUCCUGAACCCGCCGCUCACCUUGGCAUGGGCCCUCCAGCCGCCCUGCCACCGCCGCGGCCCCUACACUCCUAUGUCUACCAUGGAGAUAAAGGGAUCAAGGUUGGAGAUCCGCCGAAUUACAAGGGCAAGACGCUGUCUGAAUUCCACAGCUUCACGAGAGCCCUUGAACGGAAAUUCCGCCUUAACCUGAGCCAGUUUAAUACUCAUGAGGUACGAGUCAUAUACGCCGCGAGCCUCCUCGAAGGCACCACUGCAACUACAUGGGCGACCAAGGAAAGGGAGCUUGAGCGUAGCAAUGCUGCCAUGACAUGGGAAGAAUUCAAGAACUUCCUUCUGGACCAGAUUGAAGACCACCGUAACCGCGCCUUCACAGCGGCGCAGCGGUUCAACUCACUACGUCAACGAGACGACGAGAAUCCUUCCGAUUUCAAUGCAAGAUUCGAAGAAUAUUGGGAGGAACUGUCUGACGAUUUGAAUCUAUUGAAAACGCAGCUUUACCUCGCGAAGCUGACUCAUAAGGUGCGGACGACGAUAUCGCAAUAUCAAAGUCCGCCCACCAAUCGCACCGAGCUUGUCAACCUGGCUUCUCGAAUCUAUUUGAAUAAUCAACACCAUGAGAAGAAGGGGGACAAGACUCCCUCAAAGCAACCGACAACAGGAUCAAAACGGCGCCAUGACGGCUCCGGUGCGGAUGAUGCAAAGAAGAACUCAAAGCGUUCCAGUUCUUCACUUACUGCAAAGGAACGCCAAAAUAGACUGGAUAACAACCUUUGUUUUAACUGCGGAAUCUCAGGCCAUUUUGCCAGUGAUUGCCGUCCGCCGGGCCACGCAAAGUUUACAGAUGGAACAAAAUGCCACCGAUUCGGCAUCAUUCAAACAAAGUGUGAGGCCACGGACUCUGAAGGAACCUCCAAGGGGAGCAGUCUGCUCCUCCACGCUGUCAACAUCAUAGAUGAGGACGUCAUCCUAGGUCUCCCGUGGUUGAGAGAAAACAAUCCUCUCAUCGACUGGGUCACUCAGGCGUGGCGGUACCGCCUCACCGACGAAGAGGCAGCUAUAGAGGAACCCGAAGAGUUCCAUCGGAAGAAUCUCGAGGAUAAGAUUGAGUCGAUAUACUGUGUAGCAGGUGACUUGGACUUGGAGGCAGGCGGAGAAGCCGCCACCCUCACUGCCAGAUUAGCAGUGAUGUCUGCCACUGAAGGCGGACGAACGCAACGUCUCUUCACAGAUUACAAGGACGUUUUUUCAGAAAAGGAAGCAGCGAAGUUUCCUGAUACCAAAGUGCGACAUAAGAUCCAUCUUGAAGAGGGCGCGACAGCGCCGUACGGACCCCUUUACAAUUUGUCAGUAAAGGAAUUGGACGUUCUGCGCAAAUAUCUUGAAGAAGCGCAGUCAAAGAACUGGAUACGCCCAUCGAAGAGUCCAGCGGGGGCACCUAUACUAUUCGUGCCCAAGAAGGACGGUAGGCUGCGCCUCUGCGUAGACUACAGGGGCCUCAAUAAGGUGACGGUUAAGGAUCGCUAUCCACUACCAUUAAUUGAUGAGAUGAUCGAUCGAUUAUCCGGAGCAAGGGUGUUCUCGAAGAUUGGCAUACGGGACGCCUAUCAUAGAAUAAGGGUUAACGAAAACGACAUUUGGAAGACAGCUUUUCGUACCAAGUACGGCAAUUUUGAAUAUCUCGUUUUGCCUUUUGGUCUUUGCAACGCUCCGGCCACCUUCCAGGCCUACAUAAAUGAGGCGCUGCGGGGCCUUGUCGAUGUCUCCUGCAUAGUAUACUUGGACGACAUCCUAAUCUUCUCGAAAACGGAAAAAGAACAUGAUACCCACGUUCGGGAGGUGUUGGAUCGCUUGAAGCAACACCAGCUCUAUGCGAACACUGAGAAAUGCUCGUUCUACACACAGGAGAUUGAUUUCUUAGGUUAUAUUGUUGGGGUUGAUGGCAUUUCAAUGGACAGGAGCCGGGUCUCCGCCAUCGAGGACUGGCCGGCGCCGCGCACGUACCGCGAGGUGCAGGUAUUCCUAGGGUUCGCGAAUUUCUAUAGACGGUUCAUCUAUGCGUAUUCGCGGAUUGCUGCCCCCCUUACAGAUUUGUUAAAGGGAAGUGUUAAAGGCAGGAAAACGGGACCGUUUAUCCUUACCCAAGACGCUGUGAGGGCGUUUGAAGAAUUGAAGCAAGCUUUUGCAGAUGCCACGAUGUUAAAUCACUUCGACCCCGGCCUACCCAGUCAGUGUGAAACUGAUGCAUCUGGGAAUGGUGUCUGCGGAAUCUUUUCGCAGUUGACACCGGAGACUUUCCAACGUUGGAAGGAUCGGGGGUUAAUAACCUCUGGAGAUACAGGCAAUGGAAUGCCUGUAGGAGAAGGCUUUUUCACAGAACCUACAAGGCGCCGUGAAUGGAGACCAGUGGCCUUCUUCUCCAAGAAGCUAUCGCUCACGCAAAGAAGGUAUGAUACUCAUGAUCAAGAGAUGUUGGCAAUAGUUGAAUCCUUUAAGAUUUGGCGACACUACCUUCAAGGUUGCAAGUAUCCGGUGCAAGUUCUCACCGACCAUGCAAAUUUGCGUUACUUCUUGACAACAAAGAGCUUGACAGGACGUCAAGCCAGGUGGGCGGAGCUGCUUUCGGAGUAUGAUUUCUUUAUCCGAUACCGUCCAGGUCGGCUUAACCCCGCCGAUGCGCCAUCAAGGCGACCCGAUUAUGAUAUCGUUGAUGGGGAUGAGGAUCCUACAAAGGGACCUCUACCAUCACUGCAGAAGAAACUGGCUGCAGGGGGUUGGGGUUCUCUAAAGCUUGGGAACGGCGCCGGUAAGGCAGCUGCGCGACCCUAUACAGGUGGAGGAGAACUCGGGUCCCCGCAGGGGACUGGCACUGAAGGUCAUGAACUUCUCGUGCCACGUUUUGCUGCCAUUGAAUUGGCGGAAGACGAAACGGUCUACAACCUUCCAACCCAACGGCUUCUAGAAUUCAUUGGUGAGUUGCAGCAGGGGGACGCCUUUACUGCGGCUCGAAUCCAGAAGUUGAAGGAGGAAGGAUCCGGGUCGAACUUGGAAGGGGCAAGCCCUGAGCGGGGCGGUGCCGCCGAGGAACCAAGUCGCUGGCAACUAGGGGAAUGUGGACUCCUACUGCUAAAUGGUUCAGUCUUUGUCCCUCGUAGCAGGGCGGUGCGCCAGGAGUUAUUGAGGAUUCAUCACGAUGAUCCCCAUGCUGGGCACUUCGGAUUAGAGAAGACUGAAGAGCUCCUGAGACAUGUCAAGGAGUAUGUUGAAACUUGUGAUGUCUGCCAGAGGAUAAAGGUUCCGCGGCACAAGCAAUAUGGCGAGUUGGCGCCACUGCCUGUUCCAAAGGGCCCAUGGCAGGAUCUAUCGAUGGAUUUCAUAGUUGACCUGCCGAAGUCGACAAGAGUCAAGGGAUAUGACUCAAUUCUAGUUAUUGUCGACCGCUUCACGAAGAUGGCCAAAUAUAUCCCUACCCACAAGAAGGUUAAAAGCCCCUGA